AUUUGGUAAUGGCUCCUCAAAUGGAGAUGAGUGUGGGCCUGGAGAAGGGCCACAAAGUCACCAAACUUCCCAAGCGGGCAAAACCUUCCCAGCGAAAAGGACACAGAUCAAAGAGAGUUAAAUUCAUCAGAGAUGUUAUCCGAGAGGUAUCUGGAUUCUCCCCAUACGAGAAGCGAGUUAUGGAGCUUCUGAAGGUUAACCGAGACAAGAGGGCCCUCAAAUUCUGCAAACAGAGACUCGGAACACACAAGAGAGGCAAGAGGAAGAGGGAAGAGAUGGUUCUGUCUCUCCAGCAGAUGAGAAAAGCCCAGGCAGCCAAAGAAUGAAUAACUUAUUUCUGUUUUUAUCUAA